AUGGACCACAUGUCUCCCAAGCUGAGAGCCUUCCUCUCGGAACCCAUUGGGGAAAAAGAUGUGGCCUGGGUGGAUGGAAUCAGCCAUGAUCUUGCCAUCAGUUUGGUCACCAAAGGCUUCAACAAGGCCUACGUCCUGCUGGGGCAGUUCCUUCUGAUGCACAAGAAUGAAGCAGAGUUCCAGCGUUGGAUUAUCUUCUAUUGUGGAGCAAAGGAGUGUGAGGCCCGCCAGAGCUCCGCCUGCCUGAAGGAGUGGUGUGCCUGCUUCCUGUAGACGCCCCUGGCCUGGCCACCCCACCCCAGAUAAACGAUAUCCACACCG